AUGCUCGCCCUCCUUCUUAGCUUCAGCUUCACGCCCAUCGGCCGCCCUCCCAUCGUGGCGUCGCGGGCGGGCGAGGCCGCCGCGACCUUCCCAAAAUUUUCGGUCCAAAAGGCGCACGGCGUGGAGUCUGCCUACCAGCUCGCGCUCGGGACCGCGAUUGACACCCUUCGGCGGGACUACCCGGGCCUCCUUACUGAGGAGCCUGACUUCAGCAUAUUCACCGAGGACGUCGCGCUCUUUGACCCCUCGGGCAAGCGGCUCCAGUCCAUCGGCCAGUAUGAGCAGGUCUUCCGUGCACUGCGGCUUCUGCGCAAGACGACGAUGGUUCACUCGGAAGUGACGUAUCGCCUGACUGUCGCGGAUUCCAUGAUAAGAGUCCGCUGGGUCGCCAAGCUCUGGAUGCGGCCGAUGGUCGUGGUGCCGGGCUACAAAUCCGAACCGCCGCGCCUGCAGCUGGACGGCAUCUCCGAGUAUGAGCUCAACGACGAGGGAGCCAUCAAGCUGCACCGGCUCUCGGACAUCGCCCUCACCGACGAAGGCGCCGCCGUCUCCGCGCCCCUCAGCUUCGUGUGGCCCGUGCCCGAGCUCGCCGUUCCCGAGCUCGCAAGGCCAUUCUUCGGCCAGCUCAAGGCGGCGCUGCCGCACGCGGCGCGGUGCGGCCCGAUCGGGGGAGCCGCGCGAGACGCCGAUGCAGCGAGCCGCGCGGGAGCGGCAGGAGAUGGCGCGUGCGAGACGAGCUUCGACUGCGAGGCUCCGAUGGUGUGCUGCGACCUGAUGGUCACCAAGGUGUGCUGCUCGUCGGGCAUCAUGGUGGGGCAGCCGAGGGCGUCGCUCCAGGAGCAGCUCGUCGCCAUCCCGGCCAUAGCCAGCGAGUAA